AUGGAAGCUCAUCUCAUGGAGGGCGGAAGCCAUUACAGGACUGAGGGCUCUGCAGUGCGAGUAGAAGACCGACACGACGAGAAGCUGCCGUCGAAAGGACCGCGGUUCGGAGAUGGCAGAGCUGCGGUGGAUCAGGAGGUGGUGUCUCCGGAUUCAGGGGAUACAGAGACAGCAUAUGGUAGUGGUGGUGUGAGAGGUCACCAAUCCGUGAGUAGUGGCGAUGGGGAGCUUCCCGGCGAUGAAGACUCCGACGACGAAUCACAUCUCCGUGACGAUAAAACCUUCGACGAGGGUUCCGGCAGCUCCAAUCGCAAGCAUCCAAACAAGGGGCCGAAGGUUCCAACAUGUCCGGAGUGCGGCAAGACCUUCCCAUCAGAUAAAUCACUGUUUGGCCACUUGAGGUGCCACCCGGAGAGGGAUUACAGAGGAGCUAUUCCGCCUCCCGGCGCAAGGAAGAAGUCACGAUCGAACGCGUAUUCUUCGGUCGCAAGAGGGCCACCUGUGACGAAGUGGUCGACCCCGAAAAAGGGUGGAAAAGGGGCCGCCGUCGAUGAAGAUUCCGUUGUCGUUGUUGCUAAAGCCUUGUUGCUUCUGGCUGAUGGAAAGCCAUGGGGUCAAGAGACUCCCACCGUCGAGAAAGAAGCACCUGAGACGAAACAGUUUAUGAACACUCGUUUUGGUGGCACUGAUGUCUUAGCUGAUCGGAGCUACGGGAAUGAAGUGAUAUCAAGCUACAACAGUGGUAGUAAGAAGAGGAAGAUCAAAGAGCAAGCGAACGAUUCUGGCACGCCUACACGUUGUCGAAGAUAUCAGUGUAGUAUUUGCUUCAAGACGUUCGCUUCUCACCAAGCACUCGGGGGACACAUAGCCAGCCACAACAAGAACAAGAGCAAUGUCCAAGAAGCUCCCAUCGCCGCUGAAAACGGGUGUGUCCAUAUUGCGCCCAAUGCAGUCAGCAAAGCGGCAACAGCGGAACACCGAUGCACGAUCUGCAACCUGACAUUCUCGACCGGGCAGGCUCUCGGUGGCCACAUGAGACGCCACUUCAAUGAACUACAGAAUCAAGCUUUGUCAUCCUCAGCACACUCAUCUGAGAGCGACAAGGGAGCAAACCACGGGAUGUUACAGAACGGAGCUCCAUCAUCUCCGGCAAACUCAUCCGAAAGAUACAAGAGAGCAAUCCGUGGCAUGUUUGACUUCGAUCUCAAUGAAGUGCCUGAUCUCUAA